AUGUCCUCCUCGGCCAUCAAGAAGCUCCGGCUCAACGACUCUGAAGACUGGAACGCGUGGGACAGAGAAUUCGGAAGCAAGGCACAACCCACAGGCUCACGCAAGGACAUCAACCUCCAGCGAACAGCACAAGGAACUCCGUCAGUCGCCCUGGAGGAAAAGUCGGAUCCAGAUGGCCGUCCCGAAAAUGCCAACGAGAUGACGACAAGAGGGAGGACGAGCUAUCAACUGGACUGGCAGAUCUACAGCGAAAGAUUGGAGAAGUAUGACAAGGAGGACAAGAUCAUCAAGGAGCUCCAAGGAUUGGAUUGGGGAGACGGUCAACCCCCAUCUGCUCACGACUGCGUGCCAGCCAGAAGACGAUCUCGACGUCUGGUACGCUAG